GUUCAUCACGUGACUAUCUUUUAAAUUCCUGUUCCCCUGCAGCGCAAUUUGUCAGAGAGUCCGACUGGUGUCUGCUGCCUCGCUGCUGCUCCUGUACGCAUGUCUGCUCAUUUUUGUGACACAGAAGAAGAAGAAGAAGAAGAAGAAGCCACAACAACGAGGACUACUUGACUGCUUGAAACCUCGUCUUUCAAGCGUCUCUCCGCGCUCUUCUUCUUCUCCUUCUUCAUCAUGUUGUUGUUACAGUUUUGAGCUCGCUCGUCUCUUUUGUGUUUUCCUGCUGAAGCGUUGAGAGUUGUCCGGUACCAGGAGGAGGAGGAGGAGGAGGAGGAGGAGGAGGAGGAGAGACAGAAAACCCGAGCAGAGAAAGAGAAAAAUGCAACAUUGUAACACAGCUGUGUUAUUUCUGCACCGAUAAGGCGGUUUAAACUGCACACUGCGGGAAUACAACACAUUUUGAAAGCUUUCUGUUCUCUUCAGUAGAGAAAAGGAGGAAAAAGCGCUGCAACGUUACAAUCCCUUAUAAUAAAGAGCCAAGAAAGAAGACAGUCCUCGACCUCUGGGGUAGUCCAUCACCCUAAACAGCCCGAGGAACCAUGUCAUCUACCAAAUACAAGAAGGAUAAGGAGAUCAUAGCGGACUAUGAGACCCAAGUGAAAGAGAUCCGUAACCAGCUGGUGGAGCAGUUCAAAUGCUUGGAGCAACAGUCUGAGUCUCGCAUCCAGCUGCUGCAGGACCUGCAGGAGUUCUUCCGCCGCAAAGCGGAGAUUGAACUGGAGUACUCCCGCAGCUUAGAGAAACUGGCCGAGAGGUUCUCUUCCAAGAUCCGCAGCUCCAGGGAACACCAGCAGUUCAAGAAAGACCAACACCUGCUGUCCUCCGUAAACUGCUGGUACCUGGUGCUGAACCAGACGAGGCGAGAGAGCCGUGAUCAUGCCACCCUCAGCGACAUCUACACCAACAAUGUCAUCGUCCGCUUGGCCCAGGUCAGCGAAGACAUCAUCCGCCUGUUCAAGAAGAGCAAGGACAUUGGGAUCCAGAUGCACGAGGAGCUGGUGAAGGUGACGAAUGAACUCUACACUGUGAUGAAAACGUACCACAUGUACCACACUGAGAGCAUCAGUGCAGAGAGCAAGCUGAAGGACGCUGAGAAGCAGGAGGAGAAGCAGUUCAGCAAGUCGGGAGAUCUCAACGUUAACCUCCUACGCCACGAGGACCGCCAACCGAGACGCAGCUUCGUCAGGAAAAUAGAGAAGAUGAAAGAGAAGAGGCAAGCCAAGUACUCAGAGAAUAAGCUGAAAUGCACAAAAGCCCGGAAUGACUAUUUGUUGAACCUGGCAGCAACAAAUGCAGUUGUGGCAAAAUAUUACAUCCAUGACGUCUCUGAUAUGAUUGAUUGCUGCGACAUGGGCUACCAUGCUAGCUUGGCACGCACCCUCAGGACCUACUUAUCUGCCGAGUAUAACUUGGAGACGUCGCGCCACGAGGGACUGGACGUCAUAGAGAAUGCGGUGGACAACCUGGACUCCCGCAGUGACAAGCACAAGAUCAUGGAUAUGCAUAACCAGGUGUUCUGCCCUCCGAUGCGCUUUGAUUACCUGCCACACAUGGGAGAUGAGGUGUGCCAGGUGAGCGCCCAGCAGCCCGUCCAGACUGAGCUCCUGAUGCGCUACCACCAACUGCAGUCUCGCUUAGCUACGCUAAAGAUUGAGAAUGAGGAGGUGAGAAAGACCUUGGAUGCAACCAUGCAAACGCUGCAGGACAUGCUGACGGUAGAGGACUUUGACGUGUCGGAUGCCUUCCAACACAGCCGCUCCACUGAGUCCAUUAAGUCCGUGGCCUCCGAGUCCUACAUGAGCAAGCUGAAUGUAGCCAAGAGGAGGUCUAACCAACAGGAGACAGAAAUGUUCUACUUUUCAAAAUUCAAGGAGUACCUGAAUGGCAGUAACCUCAUCAUUAAGCUGCAGGCCAAGCAUGACUUACUGAAGCAGACACUGGGCGAAGGGGAAAGAGCCGAGUGUGGAACUACAAGGCCCCCCACCCUUCCCCCUAAACCACAGAAAAUGCGGAAGCCUAGGCCACGCUCCGUGUAUAACCAUAAGCUGUUUAACGGCAAUAUGGAGACCUUCAUCAAGGAUUCAGGUCAACCAAUCCCACUUGUUGUGGAAAGCUGUAUCAGAUACAUCAAUCUAUACGGCUUGCAGCAGCAAGGCAUAUUCCGCGUGCCGGGAUCACAGGUGGAAGUCAACGAUAUUAAGAACUCAUUUGAGAGAGGUGAAGAUCCCUUGGUCGAUGACCAGAAUGACCACGAUAUCAACUCAGUGGCGGGGGUGCUGAAGCUGUACUUCAGAGGACUGGAGAACCCAAUCUUCCCAAAGGAGCGCUUCCUGGACUUCAUCUCUACCAUCAAGCUGGAAUCUGGAGCUGAGAGAGCGCAUCACAUCCAGCAGAUCACUGUGACUCUUUCUCGCACCAUCAUAAUCGUUAUGAGAUACCUUUUUGCUUUUCUCAAUCAUCUCUCCCAGUACAGUGACGAGAACAUGAUGGAUCCGUACAAUUUGGCAAUCUGCUUUGGUCCAACCCUGAUGCCCAUCCCAGACGGACAGGAUCCUGUAUUGUGCCAGGUACAUGUUAACGAGGUCAUCAAGACCAUUAUCGCCCACAACGAACUCAUCUUUCCCAAUCAACGUGAGCUGGACGGCCCAGUGUACGAAAAGUGCAUGAGUGGGGGGGAGGAGUACUGUGACAGCCCACACAGUGAACCAGGAACUAUUGACGAGGCUGACAAUGGAACUGAACCACACACCAGUGAUGAAGAUGCAGUAUUUCCCAAAUGUAUGGAUACUGCAUGCACCGAGGUCGAACAGAUCGAGGCCAUCGCUAAGUUUGACUACGUGGGACGCACUCCCAGGGAGCUGUCCUUCAAGAAGGGAGCCUCUCUGCUUCUGUAUCACAGAGCGUCUGAAGACUGGUGGGAGGGACGCCACAACGGUGUGGACGGCCUCAUCCCACAUCAGUACAUCGUGGUACAAGAUCUCGAUGAUGCCUUCUCAGAUAACCUCAGCCAGAAAGCGGAUAGUGAAGCGAGCAGUGGACCAUUGCUGGAUGAUAAGGGUUCAUCCAAAAAUGAUGUCCCGUCACCAUGUGAACCAUCACCUGAUUACAACUUUGGAGGCGUCAUGGGGAGGGUGAGGCUACGGUCCGAUGGAGCUGCCAUCCCACGUCGUCGAAGCGGCGCAGACACCCACAGCCCAACCAGAGUGGCUGACACUCCGCCACGGGCUGCAGCCUGUCCCAGCAGCCCCCACAAGGUGCCCAUGAGCAAGGCGCGCAUGGAGAGCCCAGAAAAGAGGCGGCUUGGCACCUUUGGCAGUGCAGGAAGCAUCAACUACCCAGAAAGGAAGGCCUAUCCUGAAGGCCACCCUCUGAGACCGGUGCCGGGGGCCACUCGCCACAGCAGCCUCGGGGACCACAAAUCACUGGAGGCUGAAGCUCUGGCUGAGGACAUAGAGAAGACUAUGACCACAGCGCUCCAUGAGCUGCGUGAGCUGGAGCGACAGAACACCGUUAAGCAGGCUCCGGACGUGGUCCUGGACACCCUGGAGCCCAUGAAGAACCCGGUCAGCUCCGAGCCCGGCAGUCCUCUGCACACCAUCAUGAUCCGUGACCCGGAUGCCGCCAUGCGCCGCAGCAGCAGCUCCACCUCCGAGAUGAUGACCACCUUCAAACCGGCUCUCUCCGCCCGGCUGGUCGGGGCUCAGCUGCGCCCCCCGCCCAUGAGGCCGCUGCGCCCUCCUCCCACCCAGCACCGCUCGAGCAGCUCCAGCUCCUCAGGCGUCGGCAGCCCCGCCGUGACGCCCACCGAGAAGAUGUUUCCAAGUAACAGUGCAGCUGCUGCUUCUAACAGCAGUGAUGCUGGAGAUAAGUCUGGCACCAUGUAGCAAAGGUGGAAUCUGGUAGGUGGGAAGGCUGGAAAGCUUCCUACGUGAUGGGGAAAGCUUAUGGAAAUGAGUGCUGAUGUGUGAAACGCAGAUAUGGAUAUUUUCCCCUCUCUGUUUUCUGCCUGACUUAAUUCAUAUAUUCAGGAAGCUCUUGAGCCUAUAAUAUGUUACCAUGGUGAUAAAGCGGUGGAAGAAGCUGUAGAGGUGUGAUAGCGUAAAGCUCAACUCUCUUUGAAACUUGAUUUAACUAAAGAGAAUGUGUAUAAGAAUACAUGUAUUUCAGUUUUACCUCAGUCUCAACAACAAAAUAGAUCAGUGGCCAUGUUCUCGUUUCAGAGAUAAUGCAAGUGAAGCAAUACUUGUGUGACCUUUAGUAUUAGUUCCACCCAGCACACGUUGUCCAGCCGGUGUUUCAGUCACUCCUGCUGAUGUGCGUGAAACACCUCAUCUGGACAAACAUUCAGGAUAAUAAACCAUGUCCGGUUACCAUUUAGGUCGCAGGCCUUAUGGCUGUACAUACACACUUACUUGAAGUCGCCAUUUCUUCUUUCUGUUUGUACUAUAAUACAGUGGAUGUUCAGCAAAGUAACCACUUAGUGACAUUAUAUAGUUCUGCAUGCGGGGUUUGGAGAAAAUAAGGAAAACAUUUGCAACAUUGAGAGAGUUGUAAUGAUGUGGGAUUCUCUCAUAGGGUCAUUGUAAGCAUAAGAUAUUAGUUUGAAACCUGAAAAAAAAAUCAAGUUAUAUUUGACAAAGUAAAACACGAGGAUCUCACAGUGUUAUAUUUUAAACCUGCCAUGUGUGGUACUCUAGAUGUUGUACCUGAAGUCAUCCCGUUCACAGCUAAAGAUUACAGCAUCCUGGCAUGAAGAUUAUCUCUGAAAUCGGAGACAUACUAAUCAGUCCUCCACCAUCAUGUACGGUUUGACUUAACUAAUGCAACUAAAUGUAGGAAUCCUGUGGUAACCUUGUACAUAAUAUAUAGCUAGUAAUUUUUUAAGUGUUAAUCUUGUACAGGCUAAUACAAAAAAGGCAAAGGGUUGGCUGCGAAUGGCACUUAGAGUAAAGAUCACCUUUUAAUCAUCUUCAGUAAACUAUAAACAUAACUGUGUAAAAUAGAGUUCGAAUCAUUUACCUUGUGCCGUGUGCUUAGAAUGCAUUUUGGUAAUCGUACUGUAGGAAAAUUGUUGAACGGACAACGAAGCCUGAAUAAAUAAAUGUUUCCUCCGUUAUGUUUUCGCCCAUUUUCACUCUCUGAACUGUUGCUACAUCAAAUCUAAUUUUGGUGAUUUUAUUAUUGCAUAAGAUACGUGGAAAAAGUCCCCUCUGACAGUUCCUCUUUCAAAUGUAAAAUGCGAUACACACCCAGAGGAACCUGAGAUGUUGUGACAUACUGUUAUCACAGCUAUCACAGUUUCCUUCCUUCCUGCCUUUUUCUCAUCAUUGCUGAUAGAUACAGUCACGCUCUGACUGCAGACUUAUUUCUUUCAUUGGAAGAGAACUUAAAUGGAGAUCAUGUCAGUGUUUAUAUCUACUGUACCUCUUGUCAUUCUGACAGCUCUCGUCCAGAGACCUUGUUACUACCCGCAUCCCAAAGAGCCUGCUCUGUUCUGCAUGUUUUUGCGCUGUAAUGUCUGACUCAUAUUCUGCGUCAGUUAAACAAUAGCUGUAUGUGGUGCCUUGCCUUGGUAAAACGCACAAAUUAAUCAAUAUUGGAUUUUUUUUUUUUUUUUUUUUUUAAGAAAUGGGCCUUAACAUUUAUUUAUGGGGAUUGGGAAUGAUGAAGCUGCUUGUAGCAGUUGCUAAAAUAAAAGUGAAAGAGAACAAUGCUUGAUUGAGUGAAAUCAACUUAAAUAUUAGCAAAUAUUAGCAUGUAAACCAGAAUCUACUGUCAACACUGCAGUCAGUCUGUACUGAGAUACAUGGAAGUUGAAUAUAUUUGCUUGUUGUCAGUGGAUUCCUAAGAACAGAGAGCUCAAAAAGGCAAUACAGUAUUUAAAGUCAAACAGUGCACUCUGCUGGUUCCUGCUGGUGUUGCCUUUCUCUUGUGACCAACCAGUGGACACCGUCACCUUUACGAGGGCAUUAUGAUCUGGAGAUAAUAUUACAAUCAUUAAGCUUAUCCAUAUAGCUCUAUUUGUCUGUCCUGGCUACAGUUUUGCACCUGUUUAAAUCUAUGAAGAUAAUGUUACAAAAAAAAAAGAAGCAUAUUGAAAUACGAAGAAAGCACACAAUUUCAAAAGGUGAACCUAUCAUCAUUAUAUUUAACUAGACUGUUUUGUGUUUUAUUUAUAGACACUUGUGUAAGUGGAGCGGGAAUUCUGAGUGCCUUUUGUGCACAACAUCAAUUUUUAUUAGACUUUUAUAUUUACUUUUUUUACUGUAAUAUGUUGUCUAUUAGUUGUUAUGUUUAUUAUGAACUGAUUUGUAAUCUUUACUUUCUAUUGCUACUCAGCCGUCAAACCACCACAAGGAAUAUAAAGAUAUUCCUCUCAUGAAUUACAGAAGAGUCAUCAUCAUCUGUGUUUGGGGUGAUCGCUGAAGAAUAUAGAAACUACUGUAUACGCGAUCUACUGGUGAGGCUCAGUAGAAUCAUCUCAGAAUAUUUCUCUCAUUUUUUUAUUUUCCGUGUGAACUGCCUGUGCUGUGUUUGAGCCGUAACUUGUCAUUUAGCUCCUUCCCCUCUUUGCAGUAUUGUUGGAAACAGCAGGACUGAUAUGGACCCUGUUCUUGCAGAGGUUAUAAGGCACUUGGUGCGCUCUCUUUCUCCCUACAUGUGACGUUACACAGACAUUUUCUUUCCUGGAAUGUAUGCUGAAAUGGGUAACACUGUUAGUCUGCUGACAUGAGAAGACAAUGCGUUAAUAUAGAAAAGGGACAUCACAGUAAAGCGAGCAGACUGUCGUGUUGUGGGGACCGGAGUGUGAGUUGCUGUCACUCUGUUUACCUUCUCUUUAAUUGUUUGUCUAGUGAUGCUGUUUGUUGAUGAGUGUCUGGUUGGUUGAAACCCUGUGAUGUAAUGUACACCAUACCACUGACUGGAUGUUAAAACCCCUGCAUCCAAAUAAAACCAUUAUUGCUCUGUGA